AUGUCUACGUCCUCUUGUUCGUCACCCUCUGGCCCAUCUGGGAAACAGAGGACUCGAUUCUCGGCUGAGGACGAAAUUCUCCUCUUCCGAGAAGUGCUCUCACAGGAGAGUCCAUUUAGCCGUGGUUCCUGCGUCUGGGAAAAAGUCUCUAAAAACCUCAGCACGAACGAGAAAUCGUUUUCGCCACGUCUCUGUCGUGAUCGAAUCAAAGACUUGAUCAAAGAGUUCAUCAGGAACGACAACAAGGAGAGGGUGAAAACUGGCGUGGAGGAGGAGUAUUCAGAGCGUGCUCAGCUCUUGUCUGAGCUGAGAGAGUUGUACCAGGGGGAAGAAGACAAGAAGGAGGAAACGGCUAAAGCAAAGAAACGAAAAGACGCAGACACGACAAUGGCGAAGGACAUGCGUGAGGCGUGCAUGGAGACGUACGCGCAAAGCAAGAAAAGAGUUACUCAGGACGGCGAGGAGGAGAAUGAGGAGAAGAAACCAACGAAACGGAGAAGGAUGGAUGUGGCGGAAGAAGUGAGGAAGAGAACUGCCCUGAAGGAGCGAGAGCUGAAUUUGAGGGAGAAGGAGUAUAACCUGGCAAAAGAAAAACAAGAUGUUGAGCUGGAAGAGAGAAGAAUGUUCAUGCGAUUUAUGAUGGAAAAAGAAAGGAACAACCAAUAA